AUGGCUGAUUUUGAACGAGCUGCUUUAACUGCUUUAAUAACUAAAAAACGGUGCCCUUGGAUCACCGAUGUAAUUCGUGUAAUGAUGUCGUUACGGGAUAAAGCCCUAAAGGAAUACAAAGCUAGCAUAAAAGAUAUUAACGCCAAUCUUCAAUUAUCUAAUCGUAAAUGGAUCGCUUAUAAGUCCAUAAGAAAUUUUGUUACUGCUUCUAUAAGGAGGGAAAAGAGAGCUUACAUGGAGCAUGUGUUAAAGGUAAAUGUGGACAACCCCAAAAAGUUUUGGUCAAAUUUGAAAACGUUAAGCGUUCACAGUAACGAUCCGGUUGACACUAUACCAAUUUAUUUAAGAAACGCGGAAGAUUUAAAUAAAUAUUUUAUUAAUUCCAUUAAAGCUAUUCCUCCCAACUAUACAACCAUGAAUGAAUUUUCCGCGUCAGUUCAUCCAAAUGUAAAAAACCCAUUUAGUGUUGUGUGUGUAUCCAAGGACGAUGUAGAACGCAUCGCGUAUUCCAUUAAAUCUAACUCCCCUGGAACUGAUAAUAUAAACACGUAUAUGAUACGGUUAUGCUUGCCUUUUUGCUUAGACGCACUAACUCAUAUAAAUUUUUCUUUUUCAACAAAUACUUUUCCUUCGAUCUGGAAGCAAGCUAAAAUACGUCCAAUUCCUAAAGUAGAAGCACCCCAAACAUUUUCUGAUUUUCGACUAAUAAGCAUCUUGCCAAUGCUAUCAAAGAUUAUUGAGCGUGUUGCACUGAGGCAGUUGCAAAGUUAUCUUUUGCAAAAUGAUCUUUUACCAGGGAGACAAUCAGGAUUUCGCAAAGGUUUCAGCACCUCGUGUUUGCUAGAUCUUACGGAUGAUAUUCUUAGAGCGAUGGAUGAAGGAAAAAUAACGUUACUUCUGAUCUAUCAUCUGGGUAGUAGUGAAUCCGCGUUAGCGUGGUUUGAAAAUUACCUAACCGGUCGAUGUCAGUACGUUGCGUUGCAAGAGAAGUGCGGAGAAAGGCCACUUCUUUUCUCCCUGUUUACUUUCGACUUCAGUAGAUGUGUACACCACGGUCGGUACCACAGUUAUGCAGACGAUAAUCAAAUUUAUUAUUCGUUUUAUCCAGAUCAGUUUUCAAAUACAACUACCUUAAUUAAUGAAGAUCUGCAUCGCAUAUCCGAAUGGUCAAGUAACAACUCUCUUAUUCUAAAUCCAUCUAAAACUGUAGGAAUGUUAAUCGGUAAGAAACAUUUGCUUGGGGGAAUUAAUUCUUCACUAACCGAUGUAAAUAUUGAUAGCAACGUAAUAAACUUUAAAACCGUUCACAAAAGCUUGGGUCUGAUACUGGACGAAAAUCUUACCUUACCCCGCAUGUAA